UGUAGAAAUUUUCCUCAAGGGACUAUCAGUGACAUGAUAAAUGAUACUUGUCAGGGAAUUUCCUUUAUCAUCAACAACAUAGCUAAAUAUGGAGGUGACCCUAAUAGAGUUUAUCUAAUGGGACAAUCUGCCGGUGCUCAUAUUUCCUCUUGCGCUUUACUGGAGCAAGCAGCCAGAGAAUCAAAUAAAGGAGAGAAUGUUUCUUGGAGCAUUUCGCAGAUCAAAGCUUAUUUUGGUUUAUCUGGAGGAUACAACUUAUUAGAUUUAGUGGAUCACUUCGACAAUCGUGGCUUGUAUCGUCGGAUCUUUUUGAGCAUAAUGGAAGGUGAAGAGUCUUUGAAGGUAUAUUCACCUGAAAUUAAAAUUCAAGAUCCAUGUCUCAAAAGUGCCAUUCCUCACUUCCCACCAGUAUAUCUGGUCCAUGGAACUGCAGAUUAUUCCAUACCAUCAGUAGCUAGUGAACGGUUUGCUGAUGCUCUAAAGAAGGCAGGGGCAAGAGCUGAGUUGAUUUUGUGUGAGGGGAAGAGUCAUACAGAUCUGUUUCUACAGGUAAGUUAAACGUGAAGCGAUUUCAAAUUUUUGGGUACUAAAUAAAAUAUAAAACUUUAUAUUAUGCAACAUGUUUUAAGUUAUCGUU